AUGCAUGCCCUGCAGUGGAUCGCAGCCUGGGCGCUCCUGCUCCACGGCUGUGCCGCAGGCCGGCCACCGCAGGCUGCCUCUGCCAGGAGCGACGUCCGGGACUGCUCCGUGGACCCACCGUACCUGCCCCCUACGGCCACCAACACAACAGCGCGGCUCGCCGCUCUGCGGGGCACCAUGCGAGCCCACGGCAUCCAUGCCUACAUCGUGCCCUCCACGGAUGCCCACAUGAGCGAGUACAUCGCCGAGCGGGAUUCCCGGCUGGGCUGGCUGACCGGCUUCACCGGCUCUGCAGGCACCGGCGUGGUGACGCAGGACAAGGCUGCCCUGUGGACCGACAGCCGCUACUGGACCCAGGCAGAGCGGCAGGGGGGAAAAAAAAAGGAGCUGCAGACCUGGAUCGAGUCCAUCGGGCUGUGGAUCCUGGAGGCGGUUCCUGUGGGGGGGAACAUCAGCUUGGACCCCUUCCUCUUCUCCAUCGACACCUGGAACAGCUACAGCCGGGCUCUGCACGGCUCUGGCAGGACUCUGCUCCCCAUCGAGACCAACCUUGUGGAUCAAGUGUGGGGUGACCAGAGACCCCCUCCAGCCUCCAGCGAGAUCUACAGCCUCCCACCAGCAUUCACGGGAAGCAGCUGGCAGGAGAAGGUGGCUGGGAUCCGGCAGCAGAUGGAGCAGCACGUUCGACGCCCCACAGCCGUGCUGCUGUCAGGGCUGGAGGAGACGGCCUGGCUCUUCAAUCUCCGCGGAGACGACAUCCCCUACAACCCUGUCUUCUACGCCUACACCCUGCUGACCAACACUACCAUAAGCAGGCCGACCCCACGGCCGGGGGCCCCCGCCCCCGCGCGGCAGUCCCUGCAGGCAGGGUGCCCGGGGCCGCUGUGCGUGGAGCUGCGGGAGUACGGGCAGGCACGCACCCACCUCCGCCACUACGCCCAGGGCAACGUCACCAUCUGGCUGGGCACCGAGUACACUACCUACGGCCUCUACAGCGUCAUCCCCCAGGAGAAGCUGCUGGAGGACAGCUACUCCCCUGUCAUGCUGGCCAAGGCUGUGAAAAACACGAAGGAGCAGAAGCUGCUGCGAGCUGCUCACGUUCGGGAUGCGGUGGCUGUCAUCCAGUACCUGCUGUGGCUGGAGAAGAUGGUCCCGCAGGGGCAGGUGGAUGAGUUUUCGGGGGCACAGCACAUCGACACACUCCGCCACGGGCUCAACGCGGCGCUGGCCCACUACAGGUGCGGCUCGCGGCUCGUCGGGGCCGGGGGUGCCAGGGCUGGCAGCGGCAGUGGGAGGGACGGGACGACAGACAUCACGAGGACGGUGCACUGGGGUGUGCCAACCCCACUCCAGAAGGAAGCCUACACCCGUGUGCUGAUGGGCAACAUCGACCUGUCCCGCCUCGUCUUCCCACCCAACACAGCAGGGAGAGUGGUGGAGUCCUUCGCCCGCCGGGCACUCUGGGAUGUGGGACUCAACUACGGCCACGGGACCGGCCAUGGCAUCGGCAACUUCCUCUCGGUCCACGAGUGGCCCGUGGGCUUCCAGUCCAACAACGUGCCACUGACGGCCGGCAUGUUCACCUCCAUCGAGCCAGGGUACUACCGGGAUGGCGAAUUUGGGAUCCGCAUCGAGGACGUCGCCCUCGUGGUGGAGGCGCAGACUGAGCACCAGACUGGGGAGAAGCCCUUCCUGACCUUUGAGGUGGUGUCCCUGGUGCCUUACGACCGCAACCUCAUUGACCUCAGACUCCUGUCACCGGAGCAGAGAUGGGGGAACCAGAGCAAGAGGGUGCAAGGGAGCCAGCCCGACCGGGGCCAUCCCCACUGCCCUGAGGGUGCCGGUGGCAGGGUGCCAAUGCGCACGUCCCACCUGGGCUCGAUGCCCAGCCAGGAGGACCUGUGGAUGCAGGGGACAUCCCGGACCAAGCGUCACACGGAGGGCUUGGCCAUCAUGUGCUGGCAGGGAGAAUGA